AUGACUGUUGACAUUCGUGGACCGGUGCAGAUGACCCACACAGCGUUGGCGUCCAAAGAGGAAGAACGCAGCGGUGAUUGGAUCGACCAAGACGUCGGUCAUCAUCAAGAAAACAUUUGGUUAAAAAGAAUGAGCUCAACUGAUAAGUUCCUUGUACCACCAACUGGAGAACAGAAAAUGAGCAGUGUUGUGUUCGACGUACCAAAGUCUGAAAUGAAAAGUAAUUAUAAAUUUGAUUUAUUAUAG